UAACCCGGAUGACGCUGGGCCUAACCCGGAUGACGCUGGGCCUAACCCGGAUGACGCUGGGCCUAACCCGGAUGACGCUGGGCCUAACCCGGAUGACGUUGUGCCUAACCCGGAUGGCGCUGGGCCUAACUCGGAUGACGCUGGUCCUAACCCGAAUGACGCUGGGCCUAACUCGGAUGACGCUGGGCCUAACCCGGAUGACGGUGGGCCUAACCCGGAUGGCGCUGGGCCUAACCCGGAUGACGGUAACCCGGAUGGCGCUGGGCCUAACCCGGAUGACGCUGGGCCUAACCCGGAUGACGGUAACCCGGAUGGCGCUGGGCCUAACCCGGAUGACGCUGGGCCUAACCCGGAUGACGGUAACCCGGAUGGCGCUGGGCCUAACCCGGAUGGCGCUGGGCCUAACCCGGAUGACGGUAACACGGAUGGCGCUGGGCCUAACCCGGAUGACGCUGGGCCUAACCCGGAUGACGCUGGGCCUAACCCGGAUGACGCUGGGCCUAACCCGGAUGACGCUGGGCCUAACCCGGAUGGCGCUGGGCCUAACCCGGAUGGCGCUGGGCCUAACCCGGAUGACGCUGGGCCUAACCCGGAUGACGCUGGGCCUAACCCGGAUGACGCUGGGCCAAUUGUGAAUGCUAGAAUUACAAUGACGGUCCAAUGGCAGCCAUGGUGAAAUCUGAGCCUCUUGACAGCAAUAGUGAUUCAUCGCCAGAUCAAAAGAGGAAGAAGAUGAAGAUGACUGAGCCUAAUGAUCGCAUGCAGGGACAUCUUCACCGCUUUCGCUUCAAAUUCCUUGAUAAAGAAGACCGGUAUGAAAUCACCUGUAAAAGCCCUUGCAGCGUGUUACAGGCUCUUGAAACAAGUUCCAAAUUCUGUGUUCUAAAGGAAAAGACUGUGAAACAGAAGAUGGAGACAAGACAACAAGAGAAGACAAUGCAAAGACAAGACCUUGUUAUACAAACAAUGAAAGGAAAGAAACCAAUAGCAACACACUUCCCUUGUCAUCUGAUUAAGAAUGGUCAAAUACUCACCAUAUCAACCGUUUUCAAUGAUAGUGAAGAGGCCACAACUGAAACCACACAGAUUUAUAAAGAAAAUAAGCAAUAUGUCAUUUUUUACAUUGAAUCUGAAGGUGGUAAGAACACCAAAACCAAGCAACUGCUCAAAAACAAAAAACUAAAACCUUUUAGCCCUCUUUGCAUCUACGCCAUCUGUGGAGAGACAGUGGAGACGGCACUAACAAGAGAUGGACGCUUCCAUGACAAUGUGUUCAUUCAAACUUUCACUCUCGUUGAAUCGGAAUCAGAUCCACCGAGGUGUGUUGAGAUGAAUGUACUAGUUGACUGUCUGGAUAAACAAACCUUCAAAAUGAUCCUGGAAGAGAGAAACGCCACACAGGCUCCAACUGCCCCUCCACAAGCUGGCUCUAACCUUCAGAAAGAAGACGAGACUAACUCCAUACAACUCCCCAUGUCUAACACAAGCACUGAAACAUCAGCUGCAGGGGAGCCCCCCAAAAAACAGAAAUAUCCAGUCACAGUGACAGAUUCUGCUGAGAUUUUGAAGAUUCUUCGCCACCAGUUUGCUGAUUUGGUGAAACAGAUGAAGAAGAGGUACAAAAAGAAGAAAUAUUCUGGGGUACUAAGUCAUUUAAGCGGGGAAUUUGGAAAGAGCACAGAGGGGUUCUCUGAAGUCUACACAGUUAAGAAGCUGAUGGAACUGAGUGACUCAGUCUGUAUGAUCGAUGUCAAGGGGGUCAAGCAAGGCACUGGCUUCCUGCUGUUUGAUCAUUACAUUCUGACAAAUGCACAUUUGUUUAAAAAAGAUGGCAUCUUCUAUGUUAAUGAAUAUGGCCAUAUCUCAGCCAAAGUAACUGCCACAUUCAACAAAGAAAAUCCCAGUGAGUCAAAUCUGAAGGAGAUAGAUGUGAAACCAGAGAUCAUUGACUUUCAAUGGGGAUUUGACGCCUACAAUCGACAUGUGGACUUUGCUGUACUAGAGCUUCAGGACGUUGACACCUCCACAGGUCUUCUCUGUAGAUCUAGCCCAGAUCCAAAGACAGGUGGAGUCUGUCUCAUUGGACACCCAGGUGGAGGAGUGAAAAGAACCGACCCCACCACCAUUAUUGAGAGAGAAAGAAGAGGUGAGGCUUUCCAAAGAGAGACUGGGAAAAAUGACAGAAUGGAUAUGCUGAUCAAUACAUCCAUAGAAGAGAAUAAAGUGAAUUAUGACAUGCUCAUGAAACCAGACAGCACUGAAGUGACCUAUGACACCUGCCUCUUCCAUGGAGCUUCUGGCUCCCCAGUCUUUGAUGAGUCCUGCCAGGUGAUAGCCAUGCACACUGGAGGGUUUCCCUACAAAGAUGAAGGAGUGAAGAGUGUGAUUGAGUAUGCCAUCCCUCUCUUCACCAUACUGGAGAACUUUCUGAUCGAGAUGAUGAACAGAAACAAUGUUGAAAUACUGACCAAGUUCACCAGAGAAGCCUUGACAGGCCUCCAUUCGCGUGAUUUCAUUUACAAUUUUAUCAGACACCUGGUAACGGAAUGGAAGCCCUCAUUCAGUGCAGCCUUGACAGCAGUCUGGGAAACAGUUAAGGAAAAUGAGAACCAUCUAAGAAUGAAAGAAAAUCUUAGAACAUGGAUCAUUUCAAAAAAGGAGGUACUGGAAAAGAUUCAGAUAGCAGGAAAUGAAGCUUUGAAAGAGUUCAUGUUGGAAAACAUUCUUGUCAAGUUAUCCCAGACCGAUGAUGAUGAUGAGCCCAUGGAUGAGUAGGUUUUGUUGCAAAUACAUCCAGUCGUUGUAUUGGGAACAACACAACUAUGUCCAUUUAAGGAUAGUCCACCUAAAUUACAAAAUGACACAUUGGUUUCUUUACCGUGUAAUGGACAAGGUAUGACAGCAAUCCAUGCUUGUUUACCUGGCCACUGUUUUCAAAUGCUGAUGUAUGUCUGUAUGUGUGUUGCUCUAAAAUUAGUGUCUUUCAGGCAUUUCAGGGUAGAUUACCUGUUCUCAGACAAAGGUACAUGUUUUUUCUCUUGAAGACCAGCUUGCCUCACCAUCAGCCCUCUAUAUAUCUACAUAACCACCCCAUACAGUCGUGUGUAUCCCAUCUUGCCUCACCAUCAGCCCUCUAUAUAUCUACAUAACCACCCCAUACAGCCGUGUGUAUCCCAUCUUGCCUCACCAUCAGCCCUCUAUAUAUCUACAUAACCACCCCAUACAGUCGUGUGUAUCCCGUCUUGCCUCACCAUCAGCCCUCUAUAUAUCUACAUAACCACCCCAUACAGUCGUGUGUAUCCCAUCUUGCCUCACCAUCAGCCCUCUAUAUAUCUACAUAACCACCCCAUACAGUCGUGUGUAUCCCAUCUUGCCUCACCAUCAGCCCUCUAUAUAUCUACAUAACCACCCCAUACAGUCGUGUGUAUCCCAUCUUGCCUCACCAUCAGCCCUCUAUAUAUCUACAUAACCACCCCAUACAGUCGUGUGUAUCCCAUCUUGCCUCACCAUCAGCCCUCUAUAUAUCUACAUAACCACCCCAUACAGCCGUGUGUAUCCCAUCUUGCCUCACCAUCAGCCCUCUAUAUAUCUACAUAACCACCCCAUACAGUCGUGUGUAUCCCAUCUUGCCUCACCAUCAGCCCUCUAUAUAUCGACAUAACCACCCCAUACAGUCGUGUGUAUCCCAUCUUGCCUCACCAUCAGCCCUCUAUAUAUCUACAUAACCACCCCAUACAGUCGUGUGGAACUCCGUAUAACGUUUGUUAUUCUAUAAUUUGGGCUCCCGAGUGGCACAGCGGUCUAAGACACUGCAUCUCAGUGCUUGAGGCGUCACUGCAGUACCUGGUUUGAAUCCAGGCUGCAUGACAAUUGGCCCAGCGUCGGGGUAGGCUGUCGUUUUAAAUACGAUUUUGUUCUUUAACUGAUUUGCCUAGUUAAAUAACGUUU